UUACUGUCGUGAAUUAUCGUAAACACUUUUGAAGGACAUAAAGGCAUAAGAAGGUCACAGGGCAACCGACAAGAACCGUUGAUUUAACAUUGAUAUCAGAACUUAAUUUAUCUAUAGUAGUAAGACUGCCGUUCAAUUAAAACAAAAUCAUGGGGCGCAAAUUCUUUGUUGGUGGCAACUGGAAAAUGAAUGGAGUGAAACAAGAGAUAGACGAAAUCGUUGCAUUCUUGAAGGCCGGGCCUCUCGAUCCUAAUGUGGAGGUUGUCGUUGGAGUCCCAUCUAUUUAUUUAACAUACACAAAGAGUAUUUUGCCUAACAAUGUUAAUAUUAGUGCUCAGAACUGUUAUAAAGUUCCAAAAGGAGCUUUUACCGGUGAAAUUAGUCCUGUCAUGCUUGUGGAUAAUGGAAUACCGUGGGUAAUUUUGGGCCAUUCCGAGCGUAGGAAUGUAUUUGGUGAAGGUGACGAACUAAUUGCUGAAAAAGUGGCGCAUGCUCUGGAAGCUGGAAUAAAGGUCAUUGCUUGUAUCGGUGAAAAACUAGAGGAACGGGAGGCUGGAAAGACGGAAGAAGUAGUUUUCAGACAAACUAAAGCAAUUGCGGAUAAAAUUAAGUCAUGGGACAAUGUAGUGCUGGCUUAUGAGCCAGUUUGGGCAAUUGGAACUGGAAAAACUGCAACUCCUGAGCAAGCACAGGAAGUUCAUGAUAAAUUGCGACACUGGCUAGCCGAAACUGUCAGUCCUCAAGUCUCAGAAUCCCUACGAAUCAUUUAUGGCGGGUCGGUCACUGCUGGGAAUGCUAAAGAACUGGCGAAAGAGAAAGACAUAGAUGGCUUCCUAGUCGGAGGAGCGUCUUUGAAGCCAGACUUUGUACAAAUCGUGAAUGCAAAACAGUGAUUCAAUUACUUUCUCAAAAUUAUUUUCAUGAUGAAAACAUUCUGUAAAAACGGUAUGACGCUACAAUAUUCGUCGUUCAUCUAUCAGUCGCUAAGUGCUCAAAAUGUUUAAUCUAUUAUUCUUUUGUGCCGAUAGGUGCAAAACUGAAUAAUAUGUAUGAUUAUAUGUGUGUAUAUAUAUAUAUUUCUGGUAAAGUUGAAA